AUGGCUGAUACACCGAGUGACCCGCCCCCGGACUACGAAAAGUCUACCGCCAGUCAAGGCAAUGCCCCAAGACCAGUACGCAAAGGGCCUUUACCGCUAGAUCUCCCUAUCCUUCAGCACCUCAACUCAAAGCGAGUAAUUCUUGCAUCUGCAUCUCCUCGCAGGAAGGCAUUGCUACAGCAGUUUGGCCUCACAAACCUUGAGAUCCUACCAUCUACCAAGCCUGAGAAUCUUGACAAAGUCGCGUUGGGUCCAUUCGAAUAUGUAGCUGCGACAGCUCAUCAGAAGUGCAUGGAUGUCUACACCACUGCUUUGGAAGUGCACCUAAAGUCUAUCCCUGACCCUGAUCUCGUUAUCGCUGCGGAUACAGUUAUCGUUACCAAAGAUGGUCGCAUUCUUGAGAAGCCUCGAAGUGAAGCCGAUCAUAUUCGCAUGUUGAAGCACCUUCGUGACCAGCGAAUGCACAAGGUACUGACAGCGGUCACGGUCCUUGCUCCCCGGGAGGACGCGAGGGCCCCUGGUUAUGAGAUCGAUAGCUACACAGAAGAGACCAAAGUGUACUUCCUGAGUGAGAGUGAGGGUCUUCCUGAUGAUGUGAUUGAGGCCUACGUCAAGACUCGUGAAGGCGCGGAUAAGGCGGGUGGUUAUGCUGUCCAAGGUAUUGGCGGUAUGCUGCUUGUUGAGAAGAUUGAAGGAAGUGUAGACAACGUUGUGGGGCUCCCCGUCAGACAAUGUCUAGCUAUGGCCGAGAAAGUCAUAUUUAAACAGCAACAGGACGACUAUGAUGAGGAGGAAGAAAGUGAAUAA